CCACAAGGACGGAACUUCGGAGGUUCCUCGGCUUUGCCAGCUUCUACCGGCGAUUCAUCCAGAACUUCAGUAGGGUUGCGGCACCGCUCCACGCUCUCACGUCUACAAACGUGCCUUUCGUGUGGACUCUUUUGGCUAGGAAGGCCUUUGAGGAACUAAAGGAGCGUUUUGUUUCCGCCCCCAUUCUAGUUCACCCCGACUUGGACACUGCCUUCUUGGUUGAGGUGGACGCCUCAGACUCGGGGAUUGGGGCUAUUCUCUCUCAAAGAUCCAAGAGUGACAAUUUGAUUCACCCUGUUGCCUUCUUCUCUAGACGUCUGACUCAGGCCGAACAGAACUAUGAUGCUGGGAAUAGAGAGUUAUUGGUGGUCCACGAGGCCCUGGUGGAAUGGAGACACUGGCUGGAAGGAGCUAGACACCAGUUCCAGAUUCUGACCGACCACAGCAACCUUCUGCACAUCCGAGCUGCAAAAAGAAUCAACAAUCGCCAGGCAAGGUGGCAGCAAUUUUUCUCCCGCUUCAAUUACGUGCUCUCUUUCAGACCAGGUUCCAAGAACACUAAGGCUGACGCUCUAUCCCGGUUAUUUGUAAGAGAGUCCACCUGUCCGUCAGAGGCGGAACCCAUCCUUCCUCCCACUCGUAUUGUGGGGAUGGUAACCUGGAAGGUGGAGGACCUGGUAAAAUCUGCGCUGCGUUCCAAUCCAGGACCAGGAGGUGGACCACCCAACAAGCUGUUUGUCCAUCAGGAGCUACGACCCAGAAUCCUGGAUUGGGGGCAUUCCAGCCUGUUUUCUUGCCAUCCAGCAAGACGUCACACAGGCCUCCUGCUGGUCUCCUUCACCCUCUCUCCAUUCCUGCCCGUCCUUGGUCACACAUUGCUCUGGAUUUCGUCACGGGAUUUCCAGCAUCUAGAGGAACUGGAAAUCGCUGUGCCCUCGACUAGGGCUCAUAUUAGGCGGUGUCAGAGGGUGUGGAGAGCCGCUCGUGCGGCCUUAAAGAGGGCCUCUGAGAAGAUGUGCCGCAACGCCAACCGUCAUCGCAUUCCAGCACCGUCGUAUCAGCCAGGACAACAAGUUAUGCUACUCACAAAGGACCUCAGCCUCCAGCGGCACUCAGUGGUCCAUGUGUCCCAGAUUAAGCCGGUAGCGGAGAGUUCUCUGUCCCCUGCUACCCCUGCCCCUCCACCCUCGAGGUUCUUGCCGAAUGGAGAUCAGGUUUGGACGGUCAAGGAAAUACUCAGGGUCCGUCGACAAGGUAGGGGGCUCGUUUAUCUGGUGGACUGGGAUGGAUAUGGGCCGGAAGACAGAUCUUGGGUGCCUGCCUCCUAUCUUGCCGACCCCUCUCUUCUGGAGGAUUUCUACCGUGCCAAUCCUGAUGCUCCCCGGCGCUCGUCGGGGGCCUCGCAUAAGGGGGGAGGUACUGUCAUGACACGGAGUCGAACCCGCGUUUCCUCGGUGGCUGGAGCUGCGGCCGCCUCUGCUGACAGCGCGCCAAGAUGCGCCUCCUUUGACAGCGCACUCAGACUUGUCCCCACUCGUGCUGAGGGCAGCACGCCUGCGCAGCAACAAGCCUGUGGUCAAUCAACAAUCGACACACCUGAACUUGAUGAAAGGGAGCGGCAUAAAGACCAGCAGACCCAAGGAACCUUUGCCAGAACGUCGCUAACCUUCCCUGACUCCCCUGCCUUCCGUGAUCAAGCCUUGUCCUUCGACAUCCAACCGGAUUCCUGACUGCCCUCCUCGAUCCACGACCUCCCUGCUCGGACCCAGACUACACUGCCUCGCUCCUCCCCACGACCCAUUGCCUGUCCACGAACUGCCUCUUCGUCUUGCCCCACGUGAUUCGACGAAAGAUUACAACCAACACUCACAGACAACAACCCUGGGUAACAUUUACAUUAUUAAUAUUACACAUAGUCACACUCAUUCACUUAGAGUAGCAUACACAUGUCAUAUAUUAA